AUGCUAGCGACAGCUUAUCGCAGUAUUGACAGAAAAAUAAGGACUCAGUCAGCACUGGUGACUGUGGCUUCAUUCCCAUCAAAGCUUUUGAAACCACAGUUAAAUGCAAAUACCUUUCACUCUGCAAGCUCCUUGUUUCACCGCGAAAAAUUAUCAACAACAGAACUCGAUGAAAAAUGGUCAAAUAUUUGGAAAAAGAGCCCAUCUAGACUAGAAAUUCCUCACCUUAUUGACUCUAAAACAGGAAAACCACUUGAUCGCGAAAAAUAUUAUGCAUUGUCAAUGUUUCCAUACCCUUCGGGCAUGCUCCACAUUGGUCAUCUCCGAGUCUACACUAUCAGCGACGUUUUGGCACGGUAUCGUCGCAUGAAUGGCUACAAUGUGAUUCAUGCAAUGGGAUGGGAUGCGUUUGGCUUGCCAGCAGAAAACGCAGCUAUAGAACGCGGAAUCGACCCUGAAACAUGGACUCUUUCCAACAUUCAAAAAAUGAAAGAUCAAAUGAAUAUCAUGUUUGCUGAUUUUGAUUGGGAACGUGAAAUUGUGACAUGCUCUCCAGACUAUUAUAAACACACUCAACAACUUUUCUUAAAACUCUACAAAGCUGGUCUUGCCUACAGAAAAGAAGCUGUUGUCAACUGGGACCCGAUUGAAAAAACCGUUCUUGCAAAUGAACAAGUCGACGACGAAGGACGAUCUUGGCGGUCUGGCGCCAUCGUUGAAAAGAAAUAUCUAGAACAAUGGUUUCUUGGAAUUACCAAGUAUGCUCCUGAACUUCUUGAAGAUUUGUCAAUUCUCAAAGACUGGCCCGAACGUGUUAAAACGAUGCAAAAGAACUGGAUCGGCAAGUCACAAGGUGCCACCAUUAUUUUCCCUCUUUCUACCAACGAGUCUCUCACAGCUUUUACUACUAGACCAGAUACACUAUAUGCUGUCCAGUAUGUCGCCCUUUCACUUAACCAUCCUAUUGUCAAGUCUAUUGCUCAAACAGACCAAGAUCUUGCCGAUUUCCUGGAAAGAGCAGCUGAUUUACCUGAAGAUACCAAAGAAGGAUACAGACUGAAAAAUGUUUACGCCGCGAACCCCUUGAACUCUUCAAAACAUAACCUCCCUGUUUUUGUCGCACCUUAUGUCCUUGAUAACUAUGGUCAUGGUUCUGUAAUGGGCUGCCCUGGUCAUGAUACACGUGAUUAUGAAUUUUGGAAGCAAAACAUGCCAAGCGUGUCUGUCGUCGAAACUGUUGUUCCGCCUUCAAAUUACGUUCCGGAUGCUAAUUCCCCACCAAUUUAUACUGGAAAAGAUGGUAAAUUAAAUGAAGUUUCUGGGCCUUACUCCGGUAUGGAUGCACGUGAGGGUGGAAAAAAAAUUAUUCAAGACCUUGAGUCUACAAAUCUGGCCAAGUUUGAUGUUCAAUGGCGUUUGAGAGACUGGCUUAUUAGUCGUCAAAGAUUCUGGGGAGCUCCAAUUCCGAUUAUACAUUGUGACUCAUGUGGAACAGUUCCUGUUCCUGAUGACGAACUUCCAGUGCUUUUACCCAGAGGCCUUAACGGCCCACUAAACACUAGCCCCGAGUUUGUUCAUACUCAUUGUCCUAGCUGUGGCGGAAAAGCAAAACGUGAUACUGAUACCAUGGAUACUUUUAUGGACUCUUCAUGGUACUUUUUUAGAUAUACCGAUCCCCAUAACACAAAUGAGAUCUUUGAUUAUAAAAAAGCAUCAGAACUCAUGCCUGUCGAUAUCUAUGUUGGCGGAAUUGAACACGCUAUUUUACAUUUGCUGUACUCCAGAUUUAUUUCAAAGUUCCUAGCUAAGAAUGGAAAUUGGUCUGGUGGUGACUUAAAUGGUGAGCCAAUAAAGCGCCUGGUCACUCAAGGUAUGGUCCAUGGUAAGACCACUGUGUGCCCAGAAACUGGAAAGUUCCUUAGACCUCACGAAAUUGAUUACGAAAAUGAUGAUCCAAAUAAACCAUUGGUUAAGGCUUCACAGAAACCUGCUUUGGUAUCUUAUGAAAAGAUGUCCAAAUCGAAAUACAACGGUGCUGACCCAGGUGAGUGUAUUAAAACUCAUGGUGCUGACGCUACUAGAGCACACAUUUUGUUUCAAGCCCCAGUUUCUGAUGUUCUCAACUGGGACGAGUCUCAGAUUGUCGGCGUUAAAAGAUGGCUUUCAAAGGUAUCUUCUUUCACCACUUCUCUUGCUGAUGCUAUUACUGAAUCAGCUAACAAAACACAAAAUGUUUCUGAGUUUUUGGCAACUAUCAAGGGCCAAGCUUAUGAUGUCAAGUUUGAUAAAUUAUCUAAAGCCGAACAAAAAAUGUGGAUUGAGAUUCAAAAGCUUAUCAAAUCCAUUACUGAUUCAUUCCACGACUCCUUAUCUCUUAACACUGUGAUUUCUGAUUACAUGAAGCUUACAAAUGCCAUUCAAAAUACAUUUGGAACAGGUCCAUUUGAUAACAGAUCUUUGCCUGUUGCGCUUUAUGCCCUUGAAAAGCUUCUUAAAGUUAUGGCUCCUGUUACACCUGUAAAUGCAUCGGAUAAUUGGCAAUACUUGCAAAAAGCUCUUAAUCCAGAACUUAAAUCAUCUUCAAUUUUUGCUGAAGCUUGGCCGCAGCUAGAAGCUAUUCCAGGUGCAGAUUUGGGCCGUUUCUCUAUCAUUAUUAAUGGCAAGCGCAGAUUUGUUAUCAAUGCUUCGAAAUCACUUGCAGGCAAAGAGAAAGAAUUAAUGGAUCUUGUUUAUAAUAGUCCUGAAUCAAAGGAAUGGCUUGAAGAUAAAAACAUCACUAAGAUUAGUGUAUCGCCAAAGGGAUUUGCUGUUACCAUUGUUACAAACUAA